CGUGAAAAUUUGUUCAUGUAUUUCAGUCUUAGCGUGCAAUACCUAUUUACAAUUCCAAAAAUGGAACUUAACAUUCUAGGACUGUGUGUAGUCAUAGCGUUGUACCUGGCGAUCCUAUUACUCGGUAUUUGGGCGGCUUGGACAAAUAGAAGAAAAGGCAAGGGAAAUAAAAGUGAAGUUAUCAUGGUUGCAAACAGAGACAUUGGGUUUCUUUUAGGGUCUUUCACGGUUACCGCGACAUGGGUAGGAGGUGGAUAUAUUAAUGGCACUUCUGAAGCUGUAUACGCACCAGGUCUUGGACUGAUAUGGACCCAGGCACCGUGGUGUCUUGCAAUUGGUGUGACACUUGUUGGAUUUUUCAUCGCUGAAAAGAUGAGAAAUGCUUCAUAUGUUACAAUGUUGGAUCCAUUGCAAAAUAAGUUGGGACGUCAUAUGGGAGCCCUUUUGUUUCUACCUGCAUUGUGUGGCGAUAUAUUCUGGGCUGCUUCAAUACUGUCGGCCUUGGGUGGAACUCUAUCUGUCAUCUUAAAUAUUGACGUGAAAAUUUCCGUCAUAUUUUCAUCUUGUGUAUCCAUACUUUACACACUAGUCGGCGGUCUUUAUGCUGUUGCAUAUACUGAUGUCGUGCAACUCCUGUGUAUGUUUGGAGGCUUGUGGCUUUGCAUUCCAUUUGCAAUGACUCAUCCUGCUGUCACCGAAAUAACACUGACAAGUCACAUGAACGGAAACGAGACAGGUUGGCUUGGAGAACUGGAUCCAAAACUAGGAUGGGAGUGGUUCGAUUUCGCCGUUACAUUGGUCGGUGGUGCCGUUCCCUGGCAGGUCUAUUAUCAACGUGUAUUAGCUUGCAAAGAUGCACGUACAGCAAAGCUUUUGUCAGUUGUAUCUGCAGCCGGUUUUCUCGUGUUGACUAUUCCACCAGUUAUAAUUGGUGCUAUUGCAGCUUCAACAGAUUGGAAUGCGACUGAUUAUGAAUUUGCAGACGGGCCUGCAGCAAACAAUGAAUCGAGUCUUGUCUUGCCGCUGGUUUUACAAUAUCUUACUCCGACGCCUGUAGCAAUUAUAGGCUUAGCAGCGGUUUCUUCAGCAGUGAUGUCAUCUACUGAUUCGAUAACUUUAUCGUCUGCUUCGAUGUUUUCUCACAACGUCUACAAGAAAGUAAUCCGUCCGCAUGCAUCUGACAGAGAAACAGUUUGGGUAAUUCGCAUCGGUAUUAUUGUAAUUGGUGCUGCUGCUUGCGCCCUUGCACUUGCAGCAACAUCGGUAUAUGGACUCUUUGUUCUUUGUGUGGAUGUGGCAUUUGUCGUACUUUCGCCACAGAUGGUCUGCGUACUGUACUUCGAUAUUAACACUUAUGGAGCACUGCCUGCCUUCUUUGUUGGCUUUCUUCUGAGAAUCGGGGGAGGAGAGCCUGCUUUCAACUUUGAUCCUAUCAUCCCUUAUCCUGGCGGAAAAACGUUUCCUUUCCGCACAUUUUCUAUGCUGAUGUCACUAGGAACCCUACUCUCAUUAUCAUACCUGGCUAAGUUUCUUUUCGAAAAAAAGUAUAUUCCAGCAAAAUAUGAUAUAUUUCAAUGCAAAUUGGCUUCGGGUGGAAGAACUAGAUUCACAAAUGAAAAAGAUGAGAAAAAGUCAAGCAUAAAUAAUGGAGGUCAAGAAUUACUUGAAGUUGAAAAACUCAAAUCAGAAGAAGGAGAUGAGCUGUUGAUAUAAGACCGUUUAAUAUCCCAUUUGUUUCUUUUUCAAUCACAUUGAAUAAUAGAUAUUUAUAAUGACUUUCGGUCAGAGAAGUUGGCGGUUGAUGAUAUAAAUUAAUAAUCUAUGUAAUACUUGUGCAUACUGGCACAACAACUUUUAAAAAUACAAAUUUAACUCAAAAUUAUUCAUUAGCUAGGCCUGACUGAUGGGAAAGUUCAAAUUGAAAAUUACAUCAGUUAAACUAUAAUCUAUUAUGUCGUCGUUAGGAGCCGGCUCAUACCAAGUCCAUGUGGGCAUUAUUAACAGUGUUUGUCCAAAAGCCAUACACGUACGAACCCACAUUACCAGGAAUUGUUUCUUCGAUGCUACAAAUUUUCAUUUUCAUGUUGGAAUAAUCUUGUAUAUUGUAUGGAUUUUAAAAAUAAAUGGGUGAUAAGUUUUUGUUUUUUUAAUCAUUUUUGUAUAUAUAUAUGAUUACUCUUUUGUUAUAUGUACUAUUUUGCUAUUUUGAUUACAAUUGCACUAGGAAUCGGUUUACAUAGAGUCGCGAUGGUACCAUGAAAUACAAAUAAAAACAUGCUUGUCUGAUUCCCUA